AUGUCAAGAGUAGAAGAGAUUCUUUGCAAGUGCAUACAGUAUGAAAGAUUUAAAGAUGCUGUGUACAUAGUGGAGUGCCUACCAGAGGAAGAGAUGAAGAGCAUGAGCUUGCUUCUUGGGUAUUUAUUCAUGCGGUGCGCAGAGCACAGAAGAGCUCUCCAGUACUUGUCAAAGGAUGCCUCGUACACAUCACUUUACUACCAGGCUCUGUGCCACUCCCAUCUAAAGGAGUAUGCGCAAGUGAAGCAUCUGGCCACACAGCUGCUUGAGAAAACAAAAAAACCAGAGGCUGCAAGGCGCAGCACGCAGCUGGAGAGCAUGUACAUGCUGAGGAUGGACAAAGUAUUUGUGCUUGCACUGCUUGCAGAUGCAGAGUCAGAAACAGCAAACCCAGAAGAGUGCCUCAAGCGAUGCAUGGAGUCAGCUGACGAGGGGGGCCUGCUCUAUUCAGUGUACCGCCCUAUGCUGGAGGAGAGCACAAAGACCGUGCGAAAGCAAGAGAGAGGAGACGAGAACAGGUCAAAUGGAAAACCCGAAGACGCAGAUAAGCUAAAUACGGAUGAAAACACCAUGAUAGAGAAGAAGCUAAUUGCGCGAAUAGAGAAGGAGAGAGGAAAAAGCACAGAGCAAGUUCUCCAGAAUAUAAUGCAGGAGUGCACCUUGCUCAAGAACGUAUCCCUUGGAGGCGUGUCACUUUUCACUGCAGACAUAUCGUUCUUUGACCAGCUCCCUAUAUACAGCGUGGCCAGCAUUGCUGUGCACAUAUUCGAGUGCGGGUACAUGCAAAAGGCAGGCGCAGUUUUCGAGUAUAUACGCGUGCGGGAUCCAUGCUACAUCGAUACAAUGCACUACUACUCAAGCAUUCUGUGGCACAGCAGAGAAAAAGGCCUCCUUACUUCUUUGGGCAGAGAUAUAUUUGGAAUAAACUCUUCGUCUAAUGUGGCGUGGGCUGUUCUAGGCAACCACUUCAGUCUUAAAAAAGAGACGGAAAAGGCGCUGGAGUGCUUUGAGCGCAGUCUGUCGAUUCGGAAGGACCCGUAUGUUCUGUGCUUGAUGGGGCACGAGCAGUUUAUGAAUAGCAAUCUUGCAGAGAGUCUCAAAUGCUUUGUUGAGUCAAUGAAGAUCAAGUCAGAAAACUACAGCGGAAUAGCUGGCUGCGGGAUGAUAUACGAGAAAAUAGGGAAAAAAGACAGCGCAGAGUAUUGCUUCACGCGGGCCAUAGCAACAAACCCGCAGAAUGUUCUGCUUGUAUAUAUAGCUGUUAAGUACUUUGUGUCUCAGUCAAAGCUGAGCAGCGCGUACUCUUUAAUUCAAAAACAUCUGCAUAUAACAGAAGAGAUUGAAGUAGUUGCUGCAAAGGUGCUGAGUGACCCGAAGUGGGUAGAGAAGAUCCAUGAGAAGGCAGCAUCCAACGAGCAAACUGCAACACAUAUUGGAUCAUUCUUGCUAGAGCUUGCUUACAUCUUUGUGCACAGCGGGCACACACAGAGUGGAGCCAAGCUAGCAAAAGAAUCUUCUGGAAAAGGCCAGUACUUCAUGACCCGAAAAACAAUCCUCCUUGAUAUAAUAUCCAGUGUUCUAAGUGGCACUGCUACUGCAUUAAUGUAA